ACGCGCACUAGUAGACGUGGCGGUGACGUCAACAUCCGGGGAGUGAACCGGAGCGAAUCCCCAAACACCGAUACGGGAGAUUCUGCUUAUAUAGAGCGAAACAAGGAUUUACCGGUGAUGUGGUGGAACCUUCAUGAUCACACAUCGCCGCCACGGUCCUAAUACCAGUGAGCAGGGGGUGUAUCUUGGGGCCUCCCACACAAAGUUGCAGCUGAUCCAUCUGCAAGACACACCCACCCUGGCCACCGCCCCACUGCCGAACACCAGCACCAUGUCUUGCCGGGAUAGGACUCAAGAGUUCCUCUCUGCAUGCAAGUCCCUGCAGGGUCGACAGAAUGGGAUCCAGACAAAUAAGCCAGCUCUCAAUGUCAUCAAGCAACGCAGUGACUUCACACUGAUGGCUAAGAGAAUUGGAAAAGACUUGAGUAACACUUUUGCCAAACUGGAAAAGCUUACUAUACUUGCCAAAAGGAAAUCUUUGUUUGAUGACAAAGCUGUGGAGAUUGAGGAGUUAACAUAUAUCAUUAAACAGGAUAUCAACAGCUUAAAUAAGCAGAUAGCACAGCUGCAGCAGUUGGGGCUGUCUCGGACCGGCCAGGAAGGCAAGCACGUGCAGACGCAUUCCAACAGCAUUGUCGUAUCAUUGCAGUCAAAGCUUGCGUCUAUGUCGAACGACUUUAAAUCAGUACUGGAAGUCAGAACAGAGAACCUGAAGCAGCAGCGCAGCAGGAGGGAGCAGUUCUCUCAGGCUCCCCUCUCUGCUUCCGCUGUACAUGCUGCCAGCUUCAAGAGUUCAGUGUUGAUGCAGGAUGAAUCGAGAAGAUCGAAUGAGGUCUCCAUAGACAUGGACCCCCGUGCCAGUCAGCAGCUUCAGCUCAUAGAUGAACAGGAGUCGUAUAUCCAGAGCCGAGCUGACACCAUGCAGAACAUCGAGUCCACCAUUGUGGAACUGGGCUCCAUCUUCCAGCAGCUGGCACACAUGGUCAAGGAGCAGGAGGAGAUGGUGCAGAGAAUUGAUGCUAAUGUAGAAGACAGUCAGCUCAACGUGGAGGCUGCCCACGCAGAGAUCCUUAAGUACUUCCAGUCCGUCUCCUCCAACCGCUGGCUGCUGAUCAAGAUUUUCUUCAUCCUGAUGGUGUUCUUUAUUGUCUUUGUCGUCUUCUUCGCCUGAAGAGGGAUCGGGUGGCGGAGGGAUGCAUCGGGGGGGGUAUGGGGUGCGCACAGUCACACAUACCGGAAGGAGAGAGGAGUGAAAGGAGGAAGAUGAGAGUGUGGGCAGCUCUU